UCUUACUUUGAAUAUUAUUUGCGCUGUUUUAAACUGAAUCACAUCAGGGAAAUUUUAGCGCUUGUAUUUUUAAGAAGAGUUCAUUUGUGUGGUCUCUGAUUGGUUGCACAGCAUUCAGUCGCUGCAUGCAUCGGGCACAGGCAGCGCAGAGAUCAUCAUAUCAUUGUGACUUUAUAUUACUUCACUUGAAUUAAAAGAGCCGACUCUUUGUACCGGUUCGUUCGCGACCGACACAUUAUGAACUUUACCCAACCUUCUCGGGAUAUCGCGUCAUACAAGCGACCAUGUUCUCGCUGUGGAGAAACCUGAACAGGACCCGCGCUGUGAUAGCGGACUUUUCCUCACUGCGGACUUUUCGCAGCGACGCUUUAUGCGUAAAAAACACCAGGACGUACUCAGGGAAACGCUACAAUGUUCCACCCAGCGCCGAGUUUGUUGCACGCGUGUCGGGGAUCCCCACCAUGGCCAAACUGCCUUUCCAGGAGACGGCGGAGGGGCUGGACGCUGCGUUUGUCGGCGUCCCCAUCGACACCGGGACUUCGAACCGACCCGGAGCGAGGUUUGGUCCCCGUCACAUCAGAGUUGAGUCUGCCAUGCUGAGGUCGUACAACAGUGGCACCAGGGCGGCGCCGUACGAGUCCCUCAUGGUAGCUGAUAUCGGGGACGUCAAUGUGAAUGUGUAUGACCUGAAGGACACCUGCAAACGCAUCAGGGAGGCCUACAGGAAGAUCCUCGCGACGGGCUGUAUCCCUCUGACUAUGGGUGGUGACCACACAAUCGCAUAUCCAAUCCUGCAAGCCAUUGCUGAAAAGCAUGGACCAGUGGGCCUGGUCCACGUCGAUGCUCAUGCUGACACCAGUGAUGUGGUCUUGGGGGAGAAGAUUGGACAUGGGACUCCUUUCAGACGCUGUGUGGAGGAAGGGCUUCUGGACUGCAAGAGAGUGGUCCAGAUCGGCCUGCGGGGUACAGGCUACUCUGCAGAUUCAUACGAAUGGAGCCGAGCCCAGGGUUUCCGUGUGGUCCAAGCAGAAGAGUGUUGGUUCAAAUCUCUGGCACCUCUGAUGGCUGAGGUCAGAGGUCAGAUGGGCAGUGGUCCAGUGUACCUCAGCUUCGACAUUGACGCUCUUGACCCGGGGUUUGCUCCGGGAACUGGCACACCAGAGAUAGCAGGGCUUACUCCCAUCCAGGGAGUUGAGAUUAUCCGAGGCUGUCGUGGUCUGAGUCUUGUUGGGUGUGACCUGGUGGAGGUGUCUCCACCGUAUGACACCACAGGGAACACUGCAUUGACCGGUGCCAACCUCCUCUUUGAAAUGUUAUGUGUCCUCCCAAAUGUUAAAUAUCACUGAUCUGGGGGCGGCGGUUCAAAUCCCACAUUGGGCAGCCCUUUCCUGCAUGUUGUUCUCUCUCUCUCUGCCUCCCCAUUUCCUGUCUCACUCCACUGUACUGUUGAUUAAAGAACUUCUUGUCCGGUAUUGUGUGAUUGGCCAGAAAUCUGAAGUGGUGAAGGCAGAAAUGUUGUCAUUCCCCAUGAGAACUUCCCAGGAGUUCUGCACUUGAGUUUCUCGUGAAGUGUGAGAUGUCCUGGCCAGAACUAACUUCUUCUUUUUCUUGCCACCUUGAGGAAAAUAAAAAAAAUGUCUGUU